AUGACUCCGGAGAAGCCGCUGGAUUCUGAGAAUGAGGAAGAGGAGGAAAGUCCUGCCGGUGUACGGAAACCUGGUUCUAGGGCUCAGGCUAAGAAACGAACGAAAACUGGAUGUUUAACAUGUCGAAAGCGGCGUAUCAAGUGUGGUGAGGAAAAGCCAACAUGCCAAAAUUGUUCCAAGUCCAAAAGACUUUGCGAGGGAUACAACCAGCGAGUUGUCUUCAAGGACCCUUUAAGUGCGACCCGGGGGCCAUUUGCCAAUUCAUCCCAGGUCAAAUUCUCAUCAUCCAGGUCCGGCCGGUCAAAUCAGCGUCGAGUUGAAGCCCCGAAACCUUCGACUUCGGCGCAGGGGCAAUUACCAAAUCUUGCACCAAAACCAGGUGAGUUGGGUACAAAUAAUAGCCCUCAACACAGGCCUGUCAACGAGACAAAUCCAGGCUUUGAGCAAGGCAUGCACGUCUUUUCAGGUCGGUCGAAUCAGGAUGUGGCGAUCAAGAGGAGUAAUUCUCGAGACGCGUCCGAGUCAACGUCAAACUACAGAGAUACCGUGGAUCGCUCAUACCUACCAACUCCCGAACAUAAAUCACCCCCAAAUCCUGGGCCUACCCACUAUGAUUUUAAUGCUCUGUUUGAGAAACAGUCACCACUUGGCGAGCUUUCCAUGUCUGCUUCGCAACUCAGUCCGACGCAAUGGAUUUCCAGUCAAAAUAGUGCAUCUCAUACCUAUUCUCAAGGACAUGCACAUAAUUCAAACACACAAUUUCCGCAUCUCACGCCACCUAUGGUGACCACCCAGAGUGAUCCAAACUGGCAGCAAACUGCUUUCUCUCAUCCAUCCAAUUUAAGCUCAAGUCCGUCGCAUAUCCCGGUCACACCGAUCACAAUACAAGUAACACAGGCUAUGGAACCAGCUUAUACAUCUCGAUUUGAGACACAGCAGCGUCCUGCACCAGGGGGGGACUUUCCGCGACUCAUGUCAAACAGUCCAAACCAAAGUUCUGUUGACAACAACAAUCAUCCUGACAACAACUAUCAUUCCGGAAUUAAGAAACAAGAUGAAAGAAUAUUCGACGAUGAUGAAAUGAGCCUGGAUAACGAUUACGCAGCAGAUGACCUCGAAAAUGAUACUUUCAAUAUCCCUAAUGUAGAAUCUGGCAUUUUGGAACGUAUCGCACGCCAAGCUCGGCAAGAUGCGCAGAAUCAAAGUCUCCGUUCUUUUACCUCGCUGAUUGAUCGAUCUGAUAUGCUAUCGGCUUAUAACCCUUCAUUCCGGUCGUCUCCACUCAAUGACUCUAUGACGGCAAGAAUCUUCUGUCAUUUUAUCAACGUAACUGGACCGAGUAUAUCAAUGUUUGAGAGGAAUCCUGCUAAUCCUUCUUUAAUAUUUCAGGGAAGAUCUGUGCCAUCUUCUCAACAACAUAUCUGGACCUACACAUUUCCCAUGCUUGCCUUGAAAAAUGAAGCGCUCCUUCACGCAAUGCUCGCUCUAGCCAGCCUACAUAUUGCGAAGUUGCAAAACACCCACGUAACUGCAUCUCUAAAGCAUUAUGCAAUCGCUUUACGAAGGAUUGCAAAGAGCGUUAGCAUACCUGGCCGCAGAGAGCAACCUGCUAUAUUGGCUGCGACCAUGUUACUCUCAUUCUAUGAGUGUUGGUGUGCGGACCACCAAAAGUGGAGUAACCAUUUGCUUGGAACGAGGACUCUUGUGAGAGACAUCGAUUUCACUGGCAUGACUCAUCAUUUGAAGGCCAUGAGGGCACAGAUGCGUAAUGAAGACUGUGCCCGCCAUCGCCAGGAGCAGAUACAUAUGGGUGCAACAUUUAUUGAAGAAAAACACAAAUUCGCAGCCUCAUUAGAAGAUGUGGACGAAAAUAUUGUUGGAGUUUUGAUGGGCCGAAGACUUCGUUACGAUGAGUAUGGACAUAUCAUCGAUGAGGUCUGGGAGAACACUGAAGAUAGGAUUUACAGCCCUAAGGACAUUGAAACUUAUGAGGUGCAACGCGAUCUUGUGUGGUGGUACUUCAAACAAGACGUUUACCAGAGUGUAUUAGGCGGAGGGAAGCUUUUUACCGAGUAUGAUAGGUGGAGUCUUUGCCCUCCACGUGCUCCGCUUGGCCGAUUGGAUGCAGUAUACGGCACGUUUGAUCAUCUCAUGCUUUUAAUGGGACGGCUUGCAGAUUUUGCCUCAAAAGACCUGAAGAGGAAGACACUAGCGUUAAAAGCUGCUAAUAAUCCCAUGAGUAAUAAGAUGCCAAAUUUCACUGGCAUGGUACCAAAUGUCAAAGAGCCGACGCUUCCCAUGGGAUUCUCACCAACAUACAGUAGCUCUUCUCAAAGCUCAGAAGGCGGAGAUAUUGAUCUUGAAGCUCAGAGGCUUGAGGCGGAAGAAGAGUGGCAAGAUAUUCGCAAUGCAUUUAGUGUGCUUGAAGAUCAUUUUGGUGAAGACUUUCAACCUUUAGGUGAGGAAUUCUCGACGCCAGUCCAAACUCCCUUUGGGCCGGCUCUGCAAUAUCGAACUUAUGGUAUUGCCGGCAUCUGGAUGAAUUAUUACAUGGGACUCAUUUCUUGUCAUCGAGCUCACCCUUCUAUGCCACCUGCGGCUAUGGUAGCUGCAGGUAUGGCGGCUCGUAAGACAGCGUUCUUCGCAAAUGAACUCGGUCGGAUUGCUGCUGGUAUUGCACCUGACCUGAGCAUGACAACACAAGUCAAUCCAGGAGUUGGUGCGGCACUUAUGGAAAGUACCAUUUGCCUCUUUCUGGCAGGCGUCCAAUAUCAAAAUGUGGACCAAAGGACAUGGCUCAUAUGCCGGCUUAAAGACGUGGCUCGUUUGACCGGUUGGCAAACGGCACUUGCAAUUGCUACCGGUUGCGAGACAUCUUGGGUUAAGGCUGCAGAGAUGGGAAGAGGUCCACCAUAUGAGAGGACGAGGGAAGAACGAGUAGCUCCACAAAUGGGGAACCCUGUACGACAUGCCGAAGCGACUCAACUACGUGAACAGCAAGUUGCGGAUAAGAGAGUAGUGAUUAGCACCCACCAGAGAGUUCAUUAUGCUUUUGGUAUCCUGGGCGUCCAGGAUGAUUUUAAUAACCUAGGUUUAGAUACAUAA